AUGGAGCUGCUGCGGGUGCUGCUGGCGCUGGCUGGGCUGGGCACAGCUGCGGGCCUGGCCCUGCUGCCCUAUGUGCCUCGCUUGCCCCCCGCGGCACUGCCGGGGAAGCUCACCGCCACCACCUUCGCGCUGGAGAGGCCCUGCUGUGUCUUCAACCGCCACGCCAACGCCUCCGAUGCUGUCUGGCUGGUGGUGGCUUUUGCAAAUGCCUCGUCUACCUUCAGAAACCCCGUAUCCCCGGCCAGCGUGCCCCGGUAUGCACAGCUUCCCACCGCCUACUCUUACAUGACGCUGAAGACAGCAGCGGCCGCAUACACCUGCUCGUCACCGAGCCCGGAUGUCCUGCGGGUUGGGAGUGACACGGCAUGCAGGGACCAGGACGGCCAGGACCCCUGCAACGGCCCCCUGCCCUCCCCAGGGCCCUACAGGGUGAAGUUCCUGGUGAUGGACUGCCAUGGCCCCAAAGCAGAGACGAAGUGGUCAGACCCCAUCCUCCUGCGCAGAGGUACUGGCAGCGCUGCCAUCCCCCACAGGUUGGGUGCCAGCACCCCAAAACCUAGAGGGGAGAAGUGGUCCGUGACCUCCCCGCGCUGCCCUCCUACUCCCAUCGCCUCAUCUCUGCUCCUCUGUGACCCCCACAUCCCUCAUCCCCCCCUCGCUCCAGCCAGCAGCCCCAGUGACAUUGACCCCAUGCCCCUGCGCUGCGGCAGCACCGUGGUCAUCAUCGCCUCCAUCCUCGCCAGCCUGGGCGCCGCACUGGCCGUGGUGACGCUCAGCACCGUGGGGUACGGGCGCUUGGGGGAGGGCGCAGGUGCAUGGCGGGGUGCAUCCAGCAAAGAGAUGGGUUUAACAUUUAAAAAGCUUUUUUUUUACCUUAAAUCGAGGGCUUGGGAAGGAGGUAGGGCCCCUUUGAUAGUGGGCAGGGGUUGUCAGUGCCAGUGUGAUGGCUUUGCUUGUCUCCCCCACAGUGCCGAGGCGUGGGGGGCCCUGUGCCGCCGGGAUCCGGGGAGCAGCGCCUUCGCCCGCAGCUCCUACAGGACCCACCACAUCCCCCCAACUCUGCCCUCGCCCCAGCGGCCGGUGGGGCCACUUUGCUCCCUGUGUCCCCAGGGUGGUGCCCUCUGCCCCUCGGCCUGGCGAAUGCGCCCUGGGAAACGGGCCCGACCUGUUUGCCGCGAGCCGGGGCGGGCGCAGGAAUGUGGGCGGUUGGUGGUGUUUCCCCUGGGACGCAGCACCCAACACCCGCAGUCCCGCCCGCGGCACCCAGGCACCCGCACGAUGCUCCCGCUGCUCCUGCUGCUCCUGGCGAACGCCCACGCCCAGGAACCGCUACCGUACACGCCGGUCCUAGCCAGCCCCACACUUGGGGGGCUGAUAACCACCUCCACCUUCGUGCUGGAGCAACCCCGCUGUGUCUUCGAUGCGUACAGCGACGCUGUCAUCUGGCUGGUGGUGGCCAUCCCCAGUGCCGUCCCCAACUUCAAUGACAGCCUGGAGCCGGGGACCCCGGAGCGCAGCUUCCAGGGCUUCCCCACCACCGCCCCUGCGUAUCUGACCCUCAACACCACUCUCCUCAACUACCCGUGCCAAAAGCCCUCCGGGGAAAUCACGGUGCUGCGUGUGGGCAGCGAGACCAGCUGCACCACGGACGAGACCAGACCCACCUGCAACGGCCCCCUGCCCGGCCCGGGGCCAUACCGGGUGAAGUUCCUUGCCUUGGAGGGCUCCGUGCCCGUGGCUGAGACAGCCUGGUCAAAGCCCAUCACCCUGCAGACAGCCCAGCCGCCCAGCAGCAUCGGCGCCGAGCGCAGCCAGCACAGCGCUGGCAUGGUCGCCCUCACUGCCAUCCUCUCCAUCCUCUUCGCCAUCCUGCUGGCCACCCUGGUGGCUGUGCUGCUCUUCGAGGGCAGGGACGCCUGCGGUGGCAGCAGCACCUUCAGCAAGCCGGAGGCGGUGACGGUGCAGCGGUACAACACGCACCACGUCUACGACCAACCGGCUGCGCGCCUCUGAGCAUCUUCAGCACCUCUGAGCAUCCCGGCACCUCUG